AUGAAUACUAUAAAUUUUGGCGAAAGGAACUCAGGUUCUCAGGUGGGCAUCAACAAUGGGGUGAUAAAUCUUGGUGCGGAGCCACAGGAAUUGCGCCCUGACCCUAUAUCCACUGUACCAGUUCCACACGACCCAGACUUUGUGAGUCGUGAUGACCUUCUUAAUCGGAUUCAGGGGCAAUCGUCGGUCCCGGGGUCCAGAAUAGUUCUCGUUGGUCUCGGUGGUGUGGGGAAAACCCGGCUUGCCGCCGAAUACUGCCAUCAAUUGCGACAGCGAUCGCCUCACACCUGGGUUUUCUGGGUUCAUGCGAGUAAUGCGGCCCGCUGCGAGGAAAGUCUUCGCAAUAUUGCUGAACGCGCCAAGAUUCCCGGGCGUAGCGGCCGCAACACUAAUAUCUUCCAACUCUUCGGGAACUGGUUGCAAGAUGGAAAGAUCGGAGAAUGGAUUCUUGUGCUUGAUAAUUUGGAUGAUGACGAGCUUCUUCGCAAACCGUUUGCCACCUGUACGGAUGAUAAAGCAAAUUUCCAGAGCCAUCACUCGACACAGCCACCGCUCAAGUACAUUCUCGCAAGUUCUAAUGGCUCUACCAUCAUCACAAGCCGGAAUAGAGGGCAGUCUGCGGCUGAUUUACUGUCUCUCAUGAGCUUUUUCGACCGCCAGGGUAUUCCAGCAGAUCUUCUACGGGUGCAGGAAAAGGAGAAGAACCAUGAAAGUUUAGGUUCUCUAGGGGAAGAAAUACCAGAUAGCUCGAGUGAAGAGGAUACAGACAGUUCGUCUGAAGACGACCUAGAAGAUGGUUUUGAGAACGACAUUACGACUCUCAGAGACUAUUCCUUCAUUACUACCUGUAAAGAUAGCACAGCGAGUAUAAAAAUUAGGAGAGAUACCGGUCCCUAUUUCCGCAUGUCAGGUCAGCCGUAUUACAUCGACCGAAAUCGCAAGACUCGCUCCGAAGUUGGGCUGCGCUACUCUACAGAGGGGCGUGAGGCGGAGCAGCUCGAGGUGCAGGUUAUAGAAACCCGCAAGACGAACUUUAGCGUGGACCAUCCCGACACGCUCACUAGUAUGGCCAUCCUAGCGUCGACGUAUAGUCACCAGGGCCGAUGGGAAGAUGCGGAACAACUUAGGGUGCAGGUCAUAGGUACCAGUAUGGCGAAGCUCGGCGUAGACCAUCCCUCUACGCUUAUUAGCAUAGGCAACCUGGCGGUGACGUAUAGCUACCAGGGCCGAUGGGAAAAGGCGGAGCAGCUCGAGAUACAGGUCAUGGAGACCCGUAAGACGAAGCUUGGCGUGGAUCAUCCCGAUACGCUUACUAGUAUGGCUAACCUAGCGGCGACGUAUAGCGACCAAGGCCGAUGGGAAGAGGCGGAGCAGCUCGAGAUACAGGUCAUGGAGACCCGUAAGACGAAGCUUGGUAUGGAUCAUCCCGACACGCUUACUAGUAUGGCCAACCGAGCGGCGAUAUAUAGUCACCAGGGCCGAUGGGAAGAUGCGGAACAACUUAGGGUGCAGGUCAUGGGUACCAGUAUGGCGAAGCUCGGCGUAGACCAUCCCUCUACGCUUAUUAGCAUGGGCAACCUGGCAGUGACGUAUAGCGACCAAGGCCGAUGGGAAGAGGCGGAGCAGCUCGAGGUACAGGUCAUGGAGACCCAUAAGACGAAGUUUGGCGUGGAUCAUCCCGACACGCUGACAAGUAUGGCCAACCUAGCUUUCACCUGGAAAUCUACCGGUCAGCAUGCGAAAGCAAUCAGCUUGCUUCGAGCCUGCGUGAUCAAGCAGCGACAAAUUAUAGGCCCCACUCAUCCUAACACGAUAUCCAAUGGCAACCUGCUGCUGGAAUGGGAAACUGCUGAUGGAGAUGCAGAAGAUAUCAAGAUGAUUGAUUCAUUCGAGGAAGCGAAGGAGAGAGAGGAAGAGAAGCUAUCUGCUGGCAGUCCUGACAAACGGGGUCACACCAGGUGA